CCCAUCUCUCUCUCUCUCUCCUCUUUUUCUCUCUCUCCUUAUCAUCACCAUUGAAUUCUGGGAGUUUCUUCUUCUCAUUGAUUGAAAUGGAUCGCUAGUUGGGUUGUCUGAUUGGGAGACCGGAGCUCGAUCUGCUUCCUUUCAUGGGUGUUCUCUGGUCUUCUUGACCCAAUUCUGGAUUACUACUCAUUCCAAUUCAUUUAAAUGGAGAUUCAGAAUAUGGAAGUGGGGAAGAAUACUGAAAGUCACUUGACAUCAGCUGCUGCAUUUGUGGAUGGAGGAAUUCAAGAUCCUUGUGAGGACACUUGCAGCAUAUGCUUGGAGGAGUUCUCCGAAAGUGACCCCUCCUCGGUGACUAUUUGCAAGCACGAGUUUCACCUCCAGUGCAUUCUUGAAUGGUGCCAAAGAAGCUCUCAGUGUCCCAUGUGUUGGCAACCCAUAAGCCUGAAGGAUCCUGUCAGUCAAGAAUUACUUGAGGCAGUGGAACGAGAAAGGAACGUCAGGGUAACUCCAUCUAGGAAUGCCACUAUAUUUCAUCAUCCCACUCUCGGUGAUUUUGAGUUACAGCAUUUACCUGUUGGAGCUAAUGAUGCUGAUCUCGAAGAGAGAAUAAUCCAGCACUUGGCUGCUGCUGCUGCAAUGGGGAGGGCUCACCAUGUUCAUAGAAGGGAUAGCCAGAGGGGUCGAUCAUCUGCUCAUGGUCGUCCGCACUUCUUGGUAUUUUCCACUCAUCCUAGUGCAGCUUCUUCUGGUCAUGUUUCUGCUCCAAAUGAGGACCCAGAACCUGUUGCAGUUACUGUAGCUGCUCCAUCUUCCCCUCUUCCAUCUGGCAGAGAGGAACCGUCACGGCAGAUUCCGCACUUGCCCUUCAUUCAAACUAAUCAAAAUUCUUCUUCAGCGUCUGGAUCCAAUUUGAUUCCAACAAAUCAAGGACCGUCCUUCAUGAACCGGAACUCUGCUAAUCACACACCAGAUAGAGCAGGACCAUCUGACUUGCAGUCAUUUUCUGAAUCUCUGAAAUCUAAAUUUAAUGCCAUGUCAAUGAGAUACAAAGAAUCUUUUUCGAAGAGCACAAGGGGGUGGAAAGAGAGGUUGUUCUCUCGUAACAGUUCCGUGUCAGAUGAUCGUUCUGAAGUCCGCAGAGAGGUGCCUGCUGGAAUCGCAAGUGUAUAUCGUAUGAUGGAACGGCGUGAAGCCAGAGAAGAUGAUAGACCCAAUCAAGCUUCUGUAGCAGAUAAUUUAUCCAGUGAUUAUAAUGCAGAUCGACGCGACCGGAACAAUGCAGAGACUCGUGGAGAAAACUCAUUGAAUGACAGCAACACACAUACUACUUGUGCUGCGAGCUCAGCUUCAUGUUAAGCUGUUAAAACAUUGUUUCGCAGGAGCAUCUAUCCUCAGCAUUUCAAUUUUUGAAGGUAAACCCUUUUUCUAUAGACAUGAUAUGCUGAGGAUGAGAUGCUUUUGCUUCAGAGAUUCGGUUAGUUAAUGGUGAUUAUGAUAUGUUUUAUCCAAAAUAAGAGAGGAAGCGAGGAGAGAAGAGCCGAGACUAAUAUAAAAUACAAGAGUAUUUCGUAUGUAUAUUUGUUUAUAGACAUGUUAACCCAAAAAUUCGGUGCGGGAAUGUGUUUCUAAAACCAUGUCUGGAUGGUCAGAUCUUGGCAUUUGUUUGUUCUCUGAAUGUUAAAAGGAAAAGUGUUAAAACUUGAUGGGACCAUUUUAAGUUACCAUUGGCCCUUGCCACCUUUUGCCUUAUGAUGAUAAAGCAUGUUUUUAGAGGGUAAUUUUUCUCA